AGUUUUAUUCCGGCCGCUUAGGGAAGAGCAAGUGUAUUUGUACAAAAUGAUUUUUGCAUUGUUAGCAGCCACAGCGGUGGCAUUAAUUGUUUACGUACUUCAUAAAAGCUCAGCGAAUUGUGCGGAAUAUUUUAAAAGUCGUAAUUUGAAGUACUACGGAUUGUUUCCCAUAAUCAAGGCUUUGUUUAGAGUACUAAUUACAAGAGACGACUUGCUGGAGAUCAAUAAACGAUAUAAGACAUUACCAAAUGAACCCAUUUUUGGAAUGUAUGACUUCGGCGCUCAUUCGUAUUAUUUGCGUGAUCCUGAGGCCUUUAAACGAAUUACCAUAAAAGACUUUGGACAUUUUCAGGAUCACAGGGUCGUCUUGAGUAUGGACGAAAUAUUGCGAAAUAUUUUAACACAAAUGGAAGGACAGACGUGGCAUCAGAUGAGAGCUACACUCAGCCCAACAUUCACAGGAAGUAAAAUGCGGCUUAUGUUUGAAUUGAUAACGGAAUGUGCUGAUCGUAUAGUCGUACACUUCUCGGAAAAGGCUGCAAGUGGUGAAAGAAUCAAUGUUGAAUUAAAGGACUUUUUUACACGCUAUGCGAACGAUGUCAUUGCAACGUGUGCAUUCGGAAUUGAAGUCAAUUCAUUCGCUGAUCCGGACAAUGAAUUCUUUGCUAGUGCGAAAAGGGUGAUCAAGCCAAGUUUAUUACUGACUCUAUCGAAGUUUAUCAUCGCUAAAUGUUUGCCAAGAGUAGCUAGAGCAUUGGAUAUAAAGGUUCUGGAUACGGAUCCAUUCAAGAAAAUUAUUCUAGAAACGAUGGAAAUCCGUCAGAAAAAUAAAAUCUCACGACCUGACAUGAUCAAUACAUUAAUGCAGCUCCGUGAAGAACAAAAAACACUUGAUGAAUUUAAAGUCGAUGAGAAAUCAAAUGAAAGCACGACUGAUUUGGACGAGGGACAGAGUUCUGUGCCACGCAAGUGAAAUGACAAUGAAUUGUUGGCACAAUGCUUCAUAUUUUUCUCUGCUGGUCUUGAGCCACCAUCCACAAUAUUAACAUUCGCUGCGUAUGAGCUCGUCAGCAAUCCAGAUGUCCAACAGAAACUCUACGAAGAAAUAGCUGAAGUGAAUAGAGAACUUAACGGAAAACGAAUUUCUUAUGAGGCCAUUCAAAAGAUGAAAUAUUUGGACCAGGUCAUAAAUGAAACAUUGAGAAAAUGGCCAUCCGUUCUAGCAACUGAUCGUGUCUGUGUCAAAGACUAUGUUUAUGACGAUGGACAGUUGAAUUUCAAAAUUGAAAAAGGAUCUGUGGUCACAUUCUCGAUAUUCGAACUGCAUCAUAACCCAAUUUACUACCCUAAUCCGGAUAAAUUCGAUCCGGACCGAUUUUCGGAUGAGAAUAAGCAUAAUAUCACCCCAGGCACCUUUGCAGCAUUCGGACAGGGGCCUAGAAAUUGCAUAGGUUCCCGUUUCGCGCUGAUGGAAAUUAAGGUCAUUCUUUAUACUCUACUGUUGAACUUUACAUUUGAAGCCAACGAAAAAACACAAAUUCCAAUCAAAUUGAGGAAAAUUGAACUGGCCGCGAAACACGGUGUACAUUUGGAACUGAAACCGCGUAAAAUUUCGAUUAAUUAGAUGUCUAAAAUGUGUAUAUCGAGGUGACUCACAAAUUUAACGACUUUGUACAAGUAUUAUGUAAUAAAUUACACACAAAAAAAUUGGUUGAAAA